AACAAAGAUGGCGGCGGGAAGCAGCAACUAUUGGGAAGAUCUGAGGAAACAGGCCAGGCAACUGGAGAAUGAGCUCGACCUAAAAUUAGUUUCUUUUAGCAAACUUUGCACAAGCUACAGCCACAGCAACUCCAGAGAGGGAAGACGCGACAGGUAUAGUUCAGACACAACACCACUCCUAAAUGGAUCAAGUCAAGAUCACAUGUUUGAAACAAUGGCAGUUGAAAUUGAACAGCUCCUGGCAAAGCUCACCGGGGUGAAUGACAAAAUGGCAGAAUACAGCAGUACAGCUGGUGUGACCUCGAUAAAUGCAGCACUGAUGCACACAUUGCAGAGACACAGAGAUAUCCUACAGGAUUACACACAUGAAUUCCACAAAACAAAAGCCAAUUUCCAGGCAAUUCGAGAAAGGGAAGAUCUCUUGGGAUCAGUACGGAAGGAUAUUGAAUCUUACAAAACUGGAUCUGGGGUGAACAACAGAAGAACAGAGUUGUUUUUGAAAGAACACGAGCACCUCAGAAGGUAAGAAGGGAGCAAUGGCAGCUCAAUGUCUAGUCAGCAGUAAAUGGGAAGAGGAGAAUAGGUUAAUAUGUACAGUAUGGAUUUUAGCCUUCUAGGGCUUAAUUGCUCCUCACAAAGAGCUAAUGGUCAAUAGGCUGAACCAGCAGCUAUACACGCAGAGAGAGUUCAUGCUCU